AUGAGCUGGCGGCUCCAUCAGCUUUAUUUAGUGUGUGUACGUGUUAUCACGAUGGGGGGGGGGGGGGGGGGGGGGGGGGGGGGGGGGGGGGGGGGGGGGGGGGGGGGGGGGGGGGGGGGGGGGGGGGGGGGGGGGGGGGGGGGGGGGGGGGGGGGGGGGGGGGAUACUAGGACCAUCUCGUCCGUCGGGGGGGGGGGGGGGGGGGGGGGGGGGGGGGGGGGGGGGGGGGGGGGGGGGGGGGCUUACUUUCGGGGGGGGGGGGCGGGGGGAAUAAAAUUCUCCAUGUGAUACUUCAGUGGCAGGACCCCGGUUAUUCCUUCCCUCAUCAUUUUUAUUCAUGUCUUCGUCACUUAAUUUUUUGUAAAGUCUAGGUGUCAUUCGCCCACACAACAAUUCUCCUUGCGCCCCACCUACUGAGUCCAAGUAUUAGCAGAUACGAUUGGUUAUACGGAAACUAGAAGGAAUUUCGCUUGCUGAAUACGCUACUUUUUU